AUGAAAGUGUGUUGUGUAGAUCAGAAUGAAGAUAUCAAACGGGAUAUCAAGUUUUCCCAUGGCGGCGAGUCUUCCUUGAACCGACAUGAUGAUUUCGAUGCAAAUGAUGAUGAAAGGGAGGAGAAGGAGAGGGAAACCCACGGUUUGGAGAAGAGAUUGAGUCCAAACGCCGUCGUUUUGACGGAUUUCGUUGUACUCGCUUCGGUUGAUUUUGUCAUAGUAGAAGUGUUCGAGGAGUUUUGCUAUGGUUUGACCUGUGAUUACGAAGAUGAUUGA